UCUUCUUCUUCUUCUUCAAUCUUCUCCAAUUUCCUUUCCAUUGUGUUUGUGGGUUCCUUCUUCGCCAUUAAUGGCGUUUCUGAGCUUCUGAAGACUUGUUGAACAGAGUUUCUGUUUCAAUGGCGGCUUCCGGUGGUGGUUUUAAUUACCGGAAUGGGACUCAGAGAAGCUCGCUUAAAGUAGAUAGGCCUCUCUCCGUCAACUCUAAUCCGAAGAACAGCGUCAAAUCGAAGCCUUUGUCGUCUUCUGCGGUCGUCCGUCGGAACAGCACCGGCUCCAUUGCUGCCUCCCCCAAGGACGAUACCGGAGUUCCGGGGAGAGUUCGAGUAGCUGUAAGAUUGCGGCCCCGAAAUUCGGAGGAAUUGGUAGCAGAUGCCGAUUUUGCUGAUUGUGUAGAAUUACAGUCAGAGCUAAAAAGGUUGAAAUUACGGAAAAACAAUUGGGACUCUGAUACAUUUGAGUUUGAUGAAGUGCUUACGGAGUUUGCAUCACAAAAACGUGUUUAUGAAGUUGUGGCAAAGCCUGUUGUGGAGAGCGUCCUGGAAGGUUAUAAUGGGACAGUCAUGGCAUAUGGUCAGACUGGUACUGGUAAAACAUAUACGCUUGGACGACUUGGAGAGGAAGACACGGCUGCUCGUGGUAUAAUGGUGCGCGCAAUGGAGGACAUUUUUGCAGAUAUUUCUCUAGAGACUGAUUCUGUGGCAGUUUCCUAUUUGCAGCUUUAUAUGGAGACUAUACAGGACCUUCUUCAUCCUGCAAAUGAUAAUAUUGCGAUCGUGGAGGAUCCAAAAAGUGGAGACGUCUCAGUACCUGGGGCUACUCUAAUUGAAAUUAGGGACCAGCAGAGUUUUUUGGAACUAUUAAGACUAGGAGAAGCUCACCGUUUUGCUGCAAAUACAAAGUUGAAUACUGAAUCUUCGCGUAGUCAUGCUAUUUUGAUGGUACAUGUGAAGAGGCAUGUAAAAGGAAAAGAAUCAACUCUUUCAAAUGAAAAUGGUAACUCCCACAUGGUAAAAAAUCUAAAGGCUCCUAUUGUUCGGAAGGGGAAGCUAGUUGUGGUGGAUCUUGCUGGUUCAGAGCGCAUAGACAAGUCAGGAAGUGAAGGACAUACAUUAGAGGAAGCAAAGUCCAUCAAUCUCUCUUUAAGUGCAUUAGGGAAGUGCAUUAAUGCGUUGGCAGAAAACAGUGCACAUGUCCCAGUGCGAGAUUCAAAGCUUACGAGGUUACUUCGGGACUCAUUUGGAGGCACGGCAAGAACUUCACUAGUUAUUACAAUUGGUCCAUCCCCGCGCCACCGAGGAGAGACAUCUAGUACUAUUAUGUUUGGACAACGGGCUAUGAAGGUGGAAAAUAUGUUGAAACUAAAGGAGGAAUUUGAUUAUAAAAGUUUAUCAAGAAGGUUAGAUAUACAACUAGACAAACUUAUUGCGGAACAUGAAAGGCAGCAGAAAGCAUUCAAGGACGAAAUUGAAAGGAUAACUGUGGAGGCACAAAAUCAGAUAUCUGAGGUCGAAAGGAAUUAUGCUGAUUCAUUGGAGAAAGAAAGGUUGAAAUAUCAGAAAGAUUAUAUGGAAUCGAUAAAGAAGCUUGAAGAGCAAUUGAUGAUGAAUCAACGAAAUUGUGGCGGUGAAAAAAUCACGAAUGGACCAAAAGACGAUGGUGCUAAUGUAACAUCUAACAAAGAGAAUUUGUCGGCAAUUGAGGAGGUUGUUGAGCUUAAAAAACUGCUUCAGAAAGAAACUCAUCUGAGGAAGGCUGCUGAAGAGGAAGUCAGUAAUCUCAAAAAUCAGCUUUCUCAAUGGAAAAGGUCAGAGACAGCGGGGAAUGCUGAAAUCUUGAAGCUCCGCACAAUGCUGGAAGAUGAGACCCAUCAGAAAGAGAAACUAGAAGGAGAAAUAGCAGUACUACAAAGUCAGUUGAUGCAAAUAAGUUUUGAAGCUGAUGAGACGAGAAAACGACUUGAUCUGAAUGAGCCUGGGAGAAUUCUUGGUGGUAUAGAUUCUCUUAUGGAUCAAGUGAGGCAUCCACAGCUUAAAGAUUCAGGAAACGAAGAGAAGGCCUCAAUAGCCAAACUCUUUGAGCAAGUGGGAUUGCAAAAGAUCUUAUCUUUGCUAGAAGCAGAAGAUGCUGAUGUGCGAAUUCACGCUGUUAAAGUUGUAGCAAAUCUUGCAGCUGAAGAGUCAAACCAAGAGAAGAUUGUACAAGCUGGAGGUCUAACAUCCUUGCUGAUGCUGCUUAAAAGCUCCGAGGAAGAAACCAUACAUAGAGUUGCUGCUGGUGCAAUUGCAAAUCUUGCAAUGAACGAAAGCAACCAGGAGCUUAUAAUGGCUCAGGGAGGAAUUAGUUUACUGUCAAUGACAGCAGCCAAUGCUGAAGAUCCACAAACCCUUCGGAUGGUUGCUGGAGCGAUUGCUAACCUUUGCGGCAAUGAUAAAUUACAGACAAAGCUACGGGGUGAAGGGGGGAUAAAGGCGUUGCUAGGAAUGGUCAGAAGUGGACAUCCUGAUGUUCUUGCUCAAGUUGCUCGUGGAAUAGCAAACUUUGCGAAAUGCGAAUCUAGAGCAUCCACACAAGGGACGAAGCCCAGAAGGUCUCUUUUGAUCGAGGACGGUGCACUUCCUUGGAUUGUACAGAAUGCCAACAAUGAUGCCUCGGCCAUCAGACGCCACAUUGAGCUUGCUCUCUGCCACUUAGCACAACAUGAAGCCAACGCAAGAGAAAUGAUCACUGGAGGCGCACUAUGGGAAUUGGUUCGUAUCUCACGAGACUGUUCACGCGAAGACAUCCGAAAUCUUGCGCAAAAAAUGCUGACUUCAAGCCCUACUUUCCUUGCUGAACUGAGGCGGCUACGGAUAGACUAUUGACUAGUUUGUGGUAUGCAUGUUUGUGAUUUUUGGCUAACUGAAGGUUGUAUGGGGGGAUGUAAUUUUGUUGAAGAAUUUGGUUUCUAGUCAAACAAAGAACGCUUCCACGUCCAACAUCGCCCAGCUUUGUUCCUGCCGAGGUCAUCAGCUGGUCCAUUUUGGUUUAUAGUAGUCAUAUAAUAAUAUGUAGUUUGAUUAUUACAUCUAAAUUUGUUGAUUAUAUUAUGUCUUCUUGUCUCUCAUUUAUGUUUUUAUCUUGGUGUGACCCUGCAGUGUUAGCUUCUCACGAUCAGUUUGUAUAUUUAUUGUAUAGUAAUAAAUUGGAAAAGCAGGAAAAUGA